UUCCCAUUAUCAUAACAAAAAUAUCUAUCUCUAUUCGUUCUUCUCUUCUGUUCUCUUCUCUCGCUUAGGUGCGGCACUCAAGAAUUUACGCGAGAAAUGGAACAAGGGAAGCAGGGAGUGAUGGUGGCUAAGGUUUUGCCUCAGCACCUUCAGAACCCCAUUGAACAGCUCCAAGGUCGAUUCAAGGAGCUUGAGACCCGCUUCCGAGUAUGGCUCUCGCGCCAGUCCCUCGCCGUCGAGGCGGCCGUCGUCACGACCACCAGCGCCGCCCAGGGUGCCGCCAUAGGUGCCUUCAUGGGAACACUCACCGCCGACUCCGCCGCAACUUUUCCCACCCCUCCACCUAACGCCUCUCUCAAUCCCCAAGCCAUGGCAUCUCUCAAGCAAGCUCAGGCUCUUUCUGGAGGUCCUCUAAUUCAAGCUCGUAACUUUGCUGUCAUGACUGGAGUCAACGCCGGUAUUUCGUGUGUGUUGAAAAGGUUAAGGGGCAAGGAAGAUGUUCAGUCCAGCAUGGCGGCAGCUUUUGGUUCUGGGGCCAUGUUUUCAUUAGUGAGUGGCAUGGGUGGACCAAACCAAGCAGCAAAUGCCGUCACUUCUGGACUUUUCUUUGCACUUGUUCAGGGUGGACUUUUCCAGAUAGGACAGAAGUUUUCUCAACCACCUGCUGAAGAUAUUCACUAUAUCAAAACAAGAAGCAUGCUGCAAAACCUUGGCCUUCAGAGUUAUGAGAAGAAUUUUAAGAGGGGCUUGUUAACAGACAACACUCUUCCUUUACUCACUGAUAGUGCUCUCAGAGAUGUAAAGAUCCCUCCUGGACCCAGGCUUUUGAUUCUUGACCACAUAGAGAGGGACACAGAUCUGAAAGAAAAGCGAGGAAGCCGGCGUUGAUUUCUUAUGAGUAGGAGUUAGCUAUCUCCUCCAAAGUUUUAGCGGUUAAUAACAGUUGAGAAUGAUAGUAGGAAGUUUGUGUUUCAAAUGAAUUUUGUCAUUUUUGUUUAUUAUGCUUUCUAUUCCAUUGUUGCAGUGUGUACUUUAAUAAAAUUUGCUCAUCUAAUCAAAUAACUUAAGUUGCUAUUGAGGUCAA